UCUGUUGCCUGCAAAUAACGCGAAAAUCUCUCUGGAAAAAAAAAAAGAACCGAACCAGUCGUGACACGGAUCCGAAAGAACAUGAACCAGAGAAAUUCCGAGAAACCCUAAUCCUAUUUCUUCUUCGUCCUCUUCUUCUUCUUCUUCUUUCUGUAUCGUUGUAUUCCUCCGGUGCGAAUAUUGGUGCGGGAGCUAGACUAGGGUUAGGUUUUAGGCUCAGGAAUUAGGGUUAGGGUUUUGAUUCUUCUGCCGCUGGUGCUCCUGUUCUCCGGGAAAAUUGGGGGCGGUGUCGUCUCUGAGCCUGGUGAUAGGGUUAGGGUUAGGAGUUUUUUGAGUUGGAUGGACUUGGCGUGCGAUUGUGCUAGUUGGUUGUGUCGGUUAUGAACGUUGACCAAUGCCAGUGGCCGAAGAAGAUGAUGUGUAGGGGAGCGGACGGAGGUUGCGGUGCCAAGGAGGGGCCUUGCCGCCCAUUUUGCAGAGCGUGGCCGGAGAAGGAGAAGCUGAGCAAUGGCGCCGCCGCCGAGGAUUCGGGUUCGCUGGAAGUCGGUUUCUUAGCUCAGGCGAGCAAAACUCUGUGCGAGAGGUCUCCAUUUGAUGUUCCUGAAGAUGGGUCCACUUCGGGCCUAAGUGUUCCCACUCUGCCCAUUGGGUUGGCGAAUUUGUUGAAGCAUUCUGAUAGCAGGAAACGGCACAAGAGGUCUCAUUCUGGUGCAGAUAGUAAGAAGAAGAAGAAGUCUUCGAGGCAAGGGGAGAAGUUGCGAGGCGGGAGCAUCUGGGUCGAGCGCGAAGACUACUUUAGGAGCAUAGAUUUGCCCGAUAUAGAAACUCUGUCGAAUUUGGUGUCUUUUCGGUCUUUACGUUCUGGGACUUGCUUUUCUGUACCAUUUUUCGGAUGCAAAUCCUUUAGGACGGGGCAGAGGGAAAUCGAUGCGACUGAAAAGUUUGUGCAGAAUGUGGAUACUGUCAGUGCCAUUGGGGUUGUUACUGAAGAAGUGAAGGAUAUAGUUAAAGACGAGGUACAUGAAGGUUAUGUCAAAGAAGAAGAGUUCAAAGAAGAUGCUGAGCUGCCAAUGGAUGUUAACAAUGUGGGAGCUGAGAGCUUGAAGAGGGAUGCUAUCGUCUCUUCUGGGUUGGAUUACUCCGGUAGUUUAGAAUGGGUUUUAGGCUGUAGAAAUAGGAUUUUGUUGACAACUGAGAGGCCUUCAAAGAAGCGGAGGCUUCUUGGUAGUGAUGCAGGUUUGGGAAAAUUAAUGGUUGUCUGUCGUUGUGAAGGGAAUGCGUUGUUAUGUGACUUUUGCUGCACUGGUGAUGCCAAGGAGUAUCCUGACCAAUUGAUUGUUUGCAAUUCCUGCAAGGCAACAGUUCAUAAAACAUGCUACGGUGUGAUCGAGGAUGUAGAUAAAUCGUGGUUGUGCACUUGGUGUAAGCAGAAGAGUGGUCAAACUGAAUCUGAAAGACCCUGUGUGCUCUGUCCAAAAAAGGGUGGUGCCUUGAAACCUGCCGUUACAAAUACUGAGAACGGGGAACUUUCUGAGUUUGCUCACCUCUUUUGUUCUCAGUGGAUGCCUGAGGCAUAUAUAGAUGACUUGAAAAAAAUGGAACCUAUCUUGAAUUUGUCAGGAAUAAAAGAAACUCGAAAGAAGUUAGUGUGUAACUUGUGCAAGGUGAAAUAUGGUGUUUGCAUUCGAUGUAGUAAUGGAACAUGUCGAACAUCAUUUCAUCCUAUAUGUGCAAGGGAGGCAGGAAAUCGGCUAGAGAUCUGGGGAAAACAUGGUUGUGAUACUAUUGAAUUAAGGGCUUUCUGCUCAAAGCACUCAGAUAGUCGAGAGAGUGGAAGGUCUAUGCUGGGAGGAGAAAGUAACACAGCUGAUAGUCGUUCUCUUGGCUCUCAACAUCCAUCAGAACCUGUUAAAGAAGGCCACCUUAUUGAUGAUAAGAUGGCAGUUGAUGUAGCAAGGCCUGGUAUGAGUUCUGAUAUAUCAGGAAAUAGUGAAUUGCAAGAGAUGGAAUCACCUUGUUCUAAAUUGAAUGGGUCUGUGCCGGACUGUGUAGAAUCAGGGGGAUCUGGGAAAAGCAGCUUCAAGGAUAUAGCUUUGUCUGAGUCUCUUAGUUUUGGAUUGAUUGUGAAAAAGUUGAUUGAUCGAGGGAAAGUGGAUGUGAAGGAUGUGGCUGCAGAGGUUGGCAUAAAUCCUGACGCAUUGAUUUCCACACUUACAGAUGGGAAUUUGAUGCCUGAUUUGCGAGUCAAAAUAGUUAAAUGGCUGGGCAAGCAUGCUUACAUGGGUGCCUGGCAUAAUGGUGGAAAGUUCAAAAGUAACGAAAAUAUCUCAACCAAGUCCGAGUCUGAGACACCUAUUUGUUCAGAGGAUAUGGUAGUGCAAGUGUGUGAUAUCUCAGAUCCCACUGUUACAAAGUCAGUCCAUUCCGAGCAAAAAAGUGAAAGAAAAAGUCACAAAACUAAUACGACGAAUGUGUCUGCUGAUAAUACUCUUGGUAACGGUAUUGUGGCCGGUGAGGUUAAAGCUAAACUUAACAAGGGGGAUGAGAGUAGUGUGAAUCUGGCAUCUGAGCAGUGUAAUGAAGACAAGAAAUCGGUUGUGCUUGAUGGGGAGGAUCAUCUUGGGAAGAGUUCAGUUAAUCAUAAUGAUGAUCAUGCCAAACCAUCAAUUCUCAGUCCUCUCGAGGGUGUCACACUGAAGAAUGCUAUCUCUAUGGGGCAGAAUCCUUCUCGUAACCAUGGAAGGGAUAUCUUGAAUCUCCUGGAUAGUGAAACAAACUCGGGGCUUUAUGUUCAUCCAUAUGUCCGCAAAGAGUUGUCACAAAUGUGGAAGGGGGUGAUUCCGAACAUCAGCAUUGAUUCUGAUGCCAAUAGAAACACAUCCAAAUCUGAUGGUUCUGAAGGAGAAAUCAAACAUCUGCAGGGUUUAUCCAGUGGCACUGUCUGUUAUAAUCACCAGAAUCAGCACCCAGAGUGCAAUGGCAUGUUUAGUCAAUCGUCUAAAGCUAAACAGUUGGGUAUACUGGAUCUUUCUCCCGAAGAUGAAGUUGAAGGAGAACUGUUUUAUUCUCAGCUUCAGUUAAUUACCAAUGCAGUUUCAAGAAGGCAACUAUGUGACAAUUUAGUUGUUGAAGUUGCCAAGAAGUUGCCAUUGGAGAUUGAUGAGCAGCAUGGACGGAGAUGGGAUGAUGUCUUUGUCAAUAAAUAUUUCUAUGACCUGAGAGAAGCAAGGAAGCAAGGUAGGAAAGAGAAAAGACACAAGGAAGCCCAGGCUGUUCUAGCUGCUGCUACUGCAGCAGCAGCAACAUCCUCCAGGAACUCAUUGCUACGGAAAGAUAUCUCAGAAGAACCAGCACAACAAGAGAACUUGGCACAGACGAGCACCUCUAGAUGGAAGGUUGGUGGUGGCUCUCACCUUUUGCCACAGGCAAAGGAAACACUUUUGAAGAUGGCUGUAUCAGGGGCACCAUCUGAAAAGCUUUCCGAUCAGUGCACAUCAGAUUUUUCGGUGGAAAAUCCGCGAACUUGUGACAUCUGCAGGCGGUCUGAGACUAUAUGGAACCUGAUAUUAGUAUGCUCGAGUUGCAAGGUUGCAGUUCACUUGGAUUGCUACAGAUCUGCUAAAGAAUCUACCGGCCCUUGGUACUGCGAGUUAUGUCUGGAACUGUCUUCGUCUAGAUCUUCUGGACCUCUCAAUUUUUGGGAAAAACCCUCCUCUUCUGCGGACUGUGCUCUCUGUGGUGGCACAACCGGUGCUUUUAGGAAAACCACGAAUGGGCAAUGGGUCCAUGCAUUUUGUGCUGAGUGGAUCUUGGAAUCGAGCUUCAGGAGGGGACAAAUGGAUCCUGUCCAUGGAAUGGAGUCUGUGCCCGUAAACAUGCACACUUGUUGUGUAUGCCAACGGAAACAUGGUGCAUGCAUCAAGUGUAAUUAUGGUAAUUGCCAGACAACAUUUCAUCCCUCCUGUGCCAGAAGUGCUGGCUUCUAUAUGACUGGGGGUGGGAAACUUCUGCAUAAGGCAUACUGCGAGAGGCACAGUGUGGAGCAGAGGGCAAAGGCUGAAACUCAGAAACAUGGUGCGGAGGAGAUGAAAAAUCUCAAGCAGUAUAGGGUUGAAUUUGAGAGGUUACGCCUUCUGUGUGAACGGAUUGUCAAGCGUGAGAAACUAAAGCGAGAGCUUGUAAUAUCCUCGCAUGAAGUACUUGCUGUCAAGAAAGACGUUGCUGCGCGUUCAUUACGUGGCCGUAGCCUCUUUUUCCCUCCCGAGGUUUCUUCAGACUCGGCUACAACUUCGGUUAAAGGGCAUCCAGAUAGUAACAAGUCUGGGAGCGAGGCAAUACAGAGGUCAGAUGAUGUAACCAUUGACAGCACUCUCUCUGUUAAACGCCGAGGAAAGGGUCCCGUUUUAACAGAUUUGGAUCAGAAAACCGACGACAGUGUCACCUCCAAGAGUCGGUUUUCUCGUAAGCCCACUGAAGGAGAAAGGUUGUCCGGGAAAGCAAUACCUCGUAGACACUGUAUAGUCUCACCAAGUGGUCCGGAAGACGGAGAACGAGGCUCGAAGCCCAAGAAGCAAGUGGAAACAUUCGCGAAAGAGCUGGUGAUGACAUCAGAUGAAGCGUCUAUGAAGAAUCGACGGCUUCCAAAAGGGUACUUCUACGUUCCCGUGGAUUGCCUCCGAGAAGAUAAAUCGACGAAACAGGACACCGGAAGGGAGGAGGACAAGUCAGGAAAAGAUGGGUAAAAAGCUAAAGCCGACAUUUCGGCUUGUUUAAGUCUUAUUUUUCCUCUGUAAAGCCUACCUGGUCCUGCCCUAGGUCUAGGUGGGGCAUUACUGGUUCAUGUCCUAACAGGUGAACCACUGAGCUUGUGGCACAAGCCAAGCAACAGAACCCGUUGAGCCAUGCAGCGGGAUGGGGGGAUUGACUGAAGGCCAAGGUUUCUCCCGGUCAAUGGGGAAUCUUCCGUACAACAGCUAUACAGGAAAGCUCACAAAACAAAAACUGUGGCUGGCUGGCUUUUGUGGUAAAAUAUGCUUUGAUCGUUAACAUCUGAGGUAAAAAAGCUUUAAGAUUUGUGGUACUGAGGGUUAAAAAAAAAAUACCUGCCUUUACGAAAAAGAUCAAUGUAUUGCUAUUUGUAAUUGUAAGGUUGAAAAAAAAGAGGUGAAAAUAAGAUAUGAAAGUGUAAGUAUUUUAUGCGUU